AUGGAAAAAAGUUUUGAUAUGCCAUCGGAAAAAUUGCCCUUCGAAGCAGCCAUGGAUAAAGUCGGUUUCGGGCUCUAUGGAGUUUUACUGACGGCUCUCACUGCCAUGAUUUUGCUUGGGUUUUCUUGCAUCGCCUACAGUACUAUGUUCAUAGUACCAACUAGCGCGUGCGAGCUGGCCACCACCCCUAGUCAACAAGGAAUACUGGCUGCUGGGCCUAUCGCUGGUCUUUUGCUUGGUGGGAUGAUAUGGAGCUAUCUCGCGGAUACUCGUGGCCGUCGAACCCCAUUAAUAAUGUCGCUCAUCUUCGGCGCUGUCUUCAACACCAUUGGUACCAUAUCUGUCAACUGGAUUAUGUUGCUGAUUUUUCAGUUUCUUGGGUCAUUCUGCUCAUCUGGAUUGUAUUUAAUGUCAAUGUCCUUACUCAGUGAGAGUGUACCCAUGGCGAAUAGAAGUAUCGUCGUCAUCAUCGUUUCCAGCGUCACGCUUGUUGCUCAAGGAUUUAUGGCUCGCUUGGGAAUUUAUUGGAACUCUUGGCGUAUGCUCUUAUUGAUAUUCUCCAUACCUCACAUUUUCUCUGCUAUUUGUCUCGUGUUUAUGCAGGAGAGCCCAAAAUUUGUUUUUACAAAAGGAGAUGAAAACAAAGCGUUGGAAAUAUUGCAAGCCAUUCAUUACAUCAAUAACUGGACAGUAGACCAAGAAUUACAAGUUAAAUGUCUACUUAAAGAUGAAGUUUCAGUAAUUAUAGAUUCUACAUCAAAAUCAAUGGAAAAGGAUCACAUGUCCUUGUUCAGGAUGCCUCUACUCAAGAACAUUAUAAUUAUGCUGUUUCUCUACACAGUUCAACAGUUUGGUGCGUUUUUUGUGUGGUUGCCGAAAAUUGCAGACCAGUUCGUGCGUAUUAUACAAACUGGUGACAAGGCAAACCUCACCAUGUGCCGUGUAUUGAACAUGAAACCUCGUAUUGUUAAUAUUAACGAAACGCCCUGUUCCCUUGAUGAGACGUCGCUUUUGAUAGUACUUAGUAUCGGAGUGUUGCAAGCUAUCUUUAACUUUUGCGUCGGCUAUAUUAUUAACUUUGUUGGCCGUCGGAACAUGACCAUGGUUAUGUUCCUGGCAAGCGGAGUGAGCAGCAUUCUAGUAAAUCUUGUGCCACACACCAUCGGCAGCGCGGCGCUCUUUAUAUUUAUGUCAAUGGGAGGCAUUGUAUAUGGUUUGUGCACAUCCAUCUGUGUUGACCUGUUCCUUACUAAUUUAAGGACCCUUGUCAUCGCCAUGACAAUGACAACCCAUUAUGUAGGCACAGUUGCAUCUAUUCAAAUCUUUAAUUUGUCAUUACUGAAUCAUUGCGACACAUCGUUUUACCUGUUCGGCUCUAUACUUGUAUUAGCUGCAGUAGUCACGUCGUUCCUGCCAAACGAUCUCCAAGUUAGGAAGCAAACAAUACAGCUAGAACUAGUCGACAUAGAAAGUUUAAUGGACGAACCAAGAAAGGAGAAUUAA